GUGCAGAGGUUAAAACGUAUCAAGAGGCUGAAACUGAGGAGGUUGGCUGCAUCUCUAAAGUCAAGAUUAUAGUUGGCAGAAGAAAAGUAAGCGGAACAUUGGCACCGGUGUCUAGUGGAAAAACGUUGAAGCUGCUUCCAAUGAGUCUAUUAAAAGACCUGAAGAAGAACCUUUGGGCUUCCUGCCGUUCAACAUGUCUUUAGAAGAAGAUCCUGUGAAAGACACAGCUAAGAUGGAAACAAGUCGUUCCAAGGAAGUGAGUGAAGUCGUCCUGAGCCACAUUGCUAGUUCACCCCUGGAUCCAUUUCCACCCAAAGAUUUCAGAGGGAAGUUUAAAAAGAUGCGUCAGAAGAAGAGGCCCACCAUUCUUGAAACUUCACCAGUGGGGAACGGUUACAGUAAACCUCCCAUACCUCCAGUCUGUUGUCCUCAGGGAGAGAAAGGUCCACCAGCCAUGAUGCCCAUCACCAUCGACCCGGAGAGCCGGCCUGGCGAGUACGUCCUCAAGAGCCUCUUCGCUAACUUCACCACCGUGUCUGAGCGCAAGAUCCGCAUUAUCAUGGCCGAGCCGCUGGAAAAGCCAUUGAUAAAGUCACUACAGCGGGGAGAGGAUCCUCAGUUUGACCAAUUGAUAAGCGCCAUGAGCUCACUGGCUGAGUAUAGUCUUCCCUCCAUCCUGCGCACUUUGUUUGACUGGUACAAAAGACAGAACGGACUCGAGGAAGAGCUGCACGAAUACCGACCAAGAGCCAACACAAAGUCCAAAAAUGAUGAACAACAGAGAGAUUAUCUACUUGAAAGGAGAGAUUUGGCCAUUGACUUCAUCUUCUCUCUUGUUCUUAUAGAAAUUUUAAAACAGAUGCCGCUCUACCCUGCCCUUGACGGUUUGGUCAAUGAAGUCAUUAACUUAGCCUUUAAGCACUUUAAAUACAAAGAGGGAUACCAUGGUCCAAACACUGGCAACAUGCACACUGUAGCAGACCUCUAUGCUGAAGUCAUAGGAGUGUUGGCUCAGUCAAAGUUUCCUGCUGUAAAGAAGAAGUUCAUGACUGAAUUGAAGGAGCUGAGGCAGAAAGAGCAAAGUCCGUAUGUCGUUCAGAGCACCAUCAGCCUCAUCAUGGGGGUCAAGUUCUUCCGAGUGAAGAUGUAUCCAGUCGAAGACUUUGAAGCUUCUUUUCAGUUCAUGCAGGAGUGCGCCCAGUAUUUUCUAGAAGUCAAGGAUAAGGACAUUAAACAUGCUCUGGCUGGUGUUUUCGUUGAGAUCCUGGUGCCUGUUGCUGCGGCCGUGAAGAACGAAGUGAAUGUACCCUGCCUGAGGAACUUUGUGGACAGCCUGUACGACACAACUCUGGAUCUGUCGUCAAGAAAGAAGCACUCACUGGCCUUUUAUCCACUGGUAACCUGUCUGCUGUGUGUGAGUCAGAAGCAGUUCUUCCUUAACAGAUGGCACGUCUUCCUCAACAACUGCCUUUCAAAUCUCAAGAGUAGAGAUCCUAAAAUGGCUCGUGUUGCUCUGGAGUCCCUGUAUCGCCUGUUGUGGGUUUACAUGAUCAGAAUAAAGUGUGAAAGCAACACAGCAACCCAAGGUCGUCUGAGCACCAUCAUAACGACGCUUUUCCCUAAAGGGUCUCGCAGUGUGGUGCCGAGAGACAUGCCCCUCAAUAUAUUUGUCAAAAUCAUUCAGUUUAUUGCGCAGGAAAGAUUGGAUUUCGCCAUGAAGGAAAUCAUUUUUGACCUUCUCUGUGUUGGAAAACCUGCAAAAGCCUUCAGUCUUAAUCCUGAGAGAAUGAACAUUGGUCUGAGAGCGUUCUUGGUCAUCGCCGACAAACUGCAGCAGAAGGACGGAGAGCCUCCGAUGCCGAAUACCGGUUGCUCUUUGCCCUCUGGGAACACGCUCCGAGUGAAGAAGACAUACCUGAGCAAAACGCUGACUGAUGAGGAGGCCAAAGUCAUCGGGAUGUCCCAAUAUUAUGUUCAUGUGCGGAAAGCGAUUGACAGCAUCCUAAGACACCUUGAUAAGGAGGUGGGACGCUGCAUGAUGAUGACAAAUGCUCAGAUGCUGAAUAAAGAGCCAGAGGACAUGAUCACGGGUGAAAGAAAGCCAAAGAUAGACUUGUUUAGGACUUGUGUUGCUGCCAUUCCUCGCAUCCUUCCUGAUGGGAUGUCCAAACCUGAACUCAUCGACCUCCUCUCACGGUUGACGAUCCACAUGGAUGAUGAGCUUCGCCUCAUAGCCCAGAACUCCCUGCAAAGUCUGCUGGUGGAUUUCUCUGACUGGCGUGAUGACGUUUUGCUUGGAUUCACCAACUUCCUGUUGCGUGAGGUUCAAGACACCCACCAAGGGUUGUUAGAUACGUCCCUCAGAUUACUGCUGCAGCUGCUCACACAGUGGAGAAUAACCCUGGCGUCUUCUGGAAAGAGCCAUGACCUCGCUAAGCUACAUGCUGUCGAGCUGCUGAAUUCUUGCUCGGGCCAUAAGAUGCCUGCAGACAGAGGUCCUCACUCCACUGUGCUGCACGCUGUGGAGGGACUGGCACUCGUACUGCUCUGCUCUUGCCAGCUGAGCACCCGCAGACUCGCCAUCGCUGUACUCAAAGAGAUACGGAGUCUUUACUUGACAAUAGGCCAGACCGAGGAUGAUGAAAAGCCAAUGAUAGAGAUAAUGGAUCAGCUCAGCCCUGUUAUUAUGGAGAGUUUUAUCAACGUAGCUGUCUCUGAUGCAGCCGCGCUGCCAGCUGGCCACCACGUGGAUCUUCAGUGGCUCGUGGAGUGGAAUGCGGCACUUGUCAACAGUCAGUAUGACAUCAUGAGCCCCUCGCACGUGUGGCUCUCCGCCCAGUCUGUGAAGGACCCCUGGGUGCUGUGUGUGUUCUGCCUCCUUCGGCAGGACAACCUUCCAAAGUUCUGCCCCACAGCUCUCAGCUAUGCCUGGCCCUACGCCUUCACUCGACUGCAGAUGCUCAUGCCCCUGGUCGACCCGAACAAUCCAGUGAAUGCAAAGAAGACUGGCACAUCUAGUAGUGGGGAGAGCUACGUAACAUUAUGGAGAAACUACCUGAUCCUUUGCUUUGGGGUGGCCAAGCCCAGUAUCAUGAGCCCAGGCCAUCUGAGAGCGUCGACACCUGAGAUCACAACUUCCACACCUGAUAGCACUGUCAGUCAUGAUAACAAGGUUAUUGGAAGCCCAUCUGUGGCUUGGCUUCUAAAGCAGCUGGUCCCACUGAUGAGAACAGAGAGCAUCGAGUUGACAGAGUCAUUAGUUCUUGGAUUUGGACGGACUAAUUUGUUGGUAUUCAGGGAGCUUGUGGAGGAGUUACAUCCCCUCAUGAAAGAGGCAUUAGAAAGAAGACCUGAGAACAAGAAGCGCCGUGAGCGGCGGGACCUGCUGCGAUUACAGUUGCUUCGCAUCUUUGAGCUUUUGGCUGAUGCUGGUGUCAUCAGUGACAGUACAAAUGGCGCUCUGGAACGUGACACCCUCGCCCUUGGUGCUUUGUUCCUGGAAUAUGUUGAUUUAACCCGGAUGCUUCUUGAAGCUGAAAAUGACAAAGAGGCUGAGAUCCUCAAGGACAUCCGAGCUCACUUUAGUGCGAUGGUGGCCAACUUCAUCCAAUGUGUACCAGUGCACCAAAGGAGAUUCCUGUUUCCACAGCAGAGCCUUCGGCAUCACCUUUUUAUCCUGUUCAGCCAAUGGGCAGGUCCCUUCAGCAUCAUGUUCACCCCGCUGGACCGAUACAGUGACAGGAAUCAUCAAAUAACAAGAUAUCAGUAUUGUGCUCUAAAGGCCAUGUCUGCUGUGCUGUGCUGUGGUCCUGUCUUCGAUAAUGUUGGCCUUUCUCAAGAUGGAUACCUCUAUAAGUGGCUGGAUAAUAUACUGGCCUGCCAGGAUCAGCGGGUCCAUCAGCUUGGCUGUGAAGUUGUCAUCUUGCUUUUGGAGCUAAAUGCCGAUCAGGUCAACCUGUUCAACUGGGCGGUGGAUCGGUGCUUCACUGGUUCCCACCAGCUCGCCUCUGGUUGCUUUAAAGCCAUUGCUACCGUCUUUUCCAGCAGUAAAAACUACCCAUGUGACAUUGUUACACUGCUGAAUCUUGUGCUGUUUAAAGCAUGUAGCACCAACAGAGAACUCUAUGAGAUUUCAAUGCAGCUCAUGCAGAUUCUUGAAGACAAGUUAUUUAUGUACUCUAAGAAGACGGCAGAGCUGAAGCCAAGCAACAUUCUGUAUGGCACCCAUGGUCCAUUGCCUCCUCUUUACAGUGUCUCACUCCCACAACUCUCUACUCAGCUAGCCAGGAUGUACCCAGAACUCACGCUCCCCUUGUUUUCAGAGGUCAGCCAGAGGUUCCCCACCACUCAUUCCAAUGGCAGGCAGAUCAUGCUAACCUACCUCCUUCCCUGGCUUGGUAACAUUGAACUAGUGGACAGCGGCUUGCUGCUCCCAGUCUUUGCACCGUCAAACCCCAGCUGCGAGUCUUCCUGUCAGCUGACCAGCACAGAUUCAUCACACUCAUUAAAAGGCACAGGCUGGGGAUCGUUACAAGCCACGUCUAUGGUUCUCAAUAACCUCAUGUUCAUGACAGCCAAGUAUGGAGAUGAUUUACCUGGACCAGAGAUGGAAAAUGCCUGGAAUGCUUUAGUCAGCAACGAGAAAUGGAGCAACAAUCUGAGAACCACUCUGCAGUUCAUUAUCAGCCUGUGUGGUGUCUGCAGUGACACCACCCUUCUCCCAUAUAUCAAAAAGGUGGUCAUCUAUCUUUGCCGAAACAACACAAUGCAAACCAUGGAGGAGUUGUUGUUUGAGCUGCAGCAAACAGAUCCCGUCAACCCUGUGGUGCAACACUGUGACAGCCCUCCUUUCUAUCGUUUCACUGCCACAAGCAAAGCUUCUGCGGUGGCUUCAGGAACCACAUCAAGCAGCAACACUGUCGUAGCUUGCCAAGAUAACUUUCCCGACACAGAUGACAUCAAGACCAUGAAGGAGAACGAGGAGAGGCUUGGUCAUAUAAUGAGAGCACACAGCCGACUGGAGUCACGUUACAGCAACAGUUCAGGAGGAUCUUAUGAUGAAGAGAAAAAUGAACCUCUGCCGCCCUAUGUGGAUUGGCUGACGUUUGUUAUUGAAACAAACAAACCCCACCCGCUCCCCAUGCCACUUAACGGAGGAUGCUGGGCUCCCCUGGUGGACUUUUUACCAGAAACCAUCACUCCCAGAGGACCACUGCACAGGUGUAAUAUUGCAGUGAUCUUCAUGACAGAGCUGGUGGUGGACCACGGUGUGAGAGAGGACUGGACGUUGCACCUUCCUUUAAUCCUACAUGCUCUGUUUUUGGGCAUGGAUCACUAUCGCCCCGAGGUUUUUGAGCACAGCAAACGUCUGCUCCUUCACCUGUUCAUCGCCUUGUUCUGUAACAACAACUUUCAGACCGUUGCAUCAGUUUUACUGCAGACGCGGGAAGCCAAUGUCCUCAAGACCCUCACUUGCACAUCCAGCCUUCAGAUGGAAUAUUCGCCUGCAGGUGGCUGUGACUUCCUGCGGGAGUGCCAGGCAUCUCCGGUGCCAGACUCUGGACUGAGCUCUUCCUCCACAUCGUCCAGUUUGAGUCUGGGGGGCAGCAGCAGCAACCUGCCGGAGAUCACACAGGAGAUGGAGGAGUUUGUGAGCUCCUGCAAAAUGAAUGAGAAGAGCAAUAAGCUCAUUGAGUUUCUGAUAACAAGACCAUAUGGACCUUUGUGGUGUCAUGAAGACAUUUCCCCAAAGAACCAAGUCUCUAAAAGCACAGCACAACUGACAAACUUUCUGCGGCAUGUGGUAUCUGUUUUUAAGGAGUCCAAGUCAGAUUACUUCUUGGAGCAGCAGCUCAGCGAAGUGGCGCUGCAGACGGCUCUGUGCAGCUCGUCUCGUCACUACGCCGGUCGCUCCUUUCAGGUGUUUAGAGCUCUUCGUCAGCCCAUUUCUGCCCACGCCGUGUCUGACCUGCUGUCGAGGCUCGUGGAAGUCAUCGGUGAGCACGGCGAAGAAGUCCAAGGCUAUGUCAUGGAGGUAUUACUAACUCUGGAAUCUGUGGUGGAUAACUUGGCGGAGUGUCUGAAAAACAAUGAUCUCAUGGCUUUCUUUACGAGAGCAUCCUCCCCAGAUUUCCUUACCAGUUUUAAACAGCUGUCAAACAGAAAGAGCACAGGGCAGCUCGGCCUGAGGAGAGAAGAACGGAGCAGGCAUCAGAGGAGCUCCUCUGUCCCCAAAAAAUUCGGAGAAGCUGACAGGUGUUUGGAUCCUCCUCGCAGUGCCACACUGGACCGCAUCCAAGCCUGCGAACAACAGGGUCUGUUAGCCAGGAUGCGGAGCUCGUCUUCAUCGAAAGACAACACCACCGACCCGAUGAGCAUAAACCACCCCAGCAACCUGCUGGCCACCGUCUUCUGGGUGGCAGUGUCACUGAUGGAGUCGGACUUUGAGUUUGAGUAUCAGAUGUCGCUAAGGCUGCUGAAUAAGCUGCUGACCAACAUGUCCCUGGACAAGCAGGAGAACCGGGAGAAGCUGGAGAAGCUCCAGAGCCAGCUGAAGUGGAGCAGUUUCACUGGACUCCAGCAGCUGCUGUUAAAGGGCUUCACGUCCACGUCCACCACGGACCUCACGCAACAACUCUUCUGUCAACUCACGCCUGUGUCCAGAGUGCCUGUAGUGGAUACGUCACAAGCCAUAGGUUUUCCUUUGAACGUUCUCUGCUUGCUUCCACAUCUCGUGCAGAACUUUGAUGCACCAUCACCUUUUUGUCAAGAUGUUGCUGAGAAGAUAGCUCAGGUCUGCCUCGAGGAGAAGAAUGCCAAGCUGUCCAACCUCGCUCACGUCAUGACUUUGUAUAAAACACACACCUACACACGAGACUGCUUCUCGUGGGUCAACGUGGUGUGUCGGUAUCUCCAUGAAACCUUCUCAGACAUCACCCUGAACCUGGUCACCUACAUGGCAGAGCUGUUGGAGAAGGGUCUCCCCUCUAUGCAGCAGACACUUUUACAAAUCAUCUACAGCCUCCUGAGUCACAUGGACCUGAGUGGGAUUCAAGCUAAACCCUUCAACAUAGAGGUCCUCAAGACAAUUGAAAAGUUUGUGCAGACGCCCCAUUGGAGGGAAGCGCUGAACAUCUUGAAGCUGGUAGUUUCCCGAUCAGCCAGUUUGGUACAGCCUUCACUCCCACAAAGUGACUUCUCCUAUGAAGACGUCAGUCGCAUGUGGGACCGCUCUUCCAAAGCCUUACCUGGGAAAACUCUGGAUUUUCACUUUGAUAUCUCUGAGACACCAGUGAUCGGUCGGCGUUACGACGAUCUGAAGCGUUCCCCGGGUCACGAUGUGAGGAGCAUGGCCACAGCAGUGACCCGCAGCACUUCCUCCACCUCCUCCGGGUCCAACACCAACAACGUCCUGGUUCCGGUCAGCUGGAAGAGGCCUCAGUCUUCGCAGAAAAGAACACGAGAAAAGCUGGUGCAUGUGUUGUCACUUUGUGGACAAGAAGUGGGGCUCACUAAAAAUCCUUCGGUUAUCUUCUCUAGUUGUGGAGAACUGGACCUGAUAGAGCACCAGCCUAGCCUGGUGUCCUCUGAUGAGGGAACCCGCGAGCUCGAGAACAUGGACGACACCACCUCCGAACAGCAGUUCAGAGUCUUCAAAGACUUUGACUUCCUGGAUGUUGAGCUUGAAGACGGAGAGGAGCUGCAGGGCGAGACUGUGGACAACUUUAACUGGGGAGUGCGUCGCCACUCUAUGGACAGCUUGGACCAAAGUGACCUGCAGCCUCUGGAGGAGAGUCAGCUGUCUAGCAGCAUGCCCAGCCUCAGUAAGAUUGCCCACGAAGACUCGGAUGAAUCAUCUGAGGAAGAUUCGCUUGCGGCCAGCCAGAUACUCUCCCACUCUCAGAUCACCGUCAGCCUUUCUCCGACACCAGAGAUCAGCAGCACGGACACCUCCUCUGCCGCUUUCGACACAACCUCGGCAAAUUCAACCCCUCUGGGCACCAAUAAUCCCAGUUUCGAGGUCCAACUCUCAGAGGACUCGAAGCAGCGGGUGUCACAAGAGGAUGAAGACAGUAAUGUCCACGAGGACGACCUGUCUCUUUCUAUCAACGAACUGCCCUCUGAGUAUCAAUGUGGGGUCGGUUUGAGUAUGGACGUGGCAUAUCAUGUCUACAAGGAAGAGCUGGGCCUACACUGCAGCUUACCGAGUCUUCCUGAAGAGGAGAAAGAUGACAUGCUGGAGUCCCGCUCUUCACCACCGCCGUCGCCCUUCUUCUCUGCCAUUCUUGCUGCUUUCCAGCCAACAGCGUGUGACGACGCAGAGGAGGCCUGGCGAAGUCACCUCAGCCAGCUCGUCUCGGACUCAGAUGGUUCCUGUGCCGUCUACACGUUUCAAGUGUUUUCAUCGCUGUUUCAGAGUAUCCAAGCUAAAUUUUGUUCCUUGACGUGUGAUGCUGUGAGUUACCUUGGUGAUGGCUUGAGGGGAUUAGGAUCAAAGUUUCUCAGAUCUUCUGAGAUCCUGGCAUCUUGCUCAGAGUGCCCAACUCUGUUUAUUGAUGCUGACACGAUAAUGUCCUAUGGGUUUCUGGAAAAAAUGAAAUUCAGCGUCCUAGAGCUUCAAGAGUAUCUUGAUACUUACAACAACAGAAAAGAGGCAGCUCUCACAUGGUUGAACAGCUGUAAGGCCACCUUUCCCAGGACUGCUGGGGUUGCAGUGACAUGCCAACCGGUGGAGCAUGAAGAAAAACAAAUGGAAUCUCUGGCUCAACUGGAGCUCUGCCAAAGACUCUACAAACUCCACUUUCAGUUGCUGCUACUUUUUCAGUCUUAUUGUAAGCUGACUGAGCAGGUCCAUGCAAUAAGCUCGAUUCCAGAGCUUACAAAUAUGUCUAGAGAGCUAAAUGAAUUGAAGAGCAACCUGAGAACAGCAGCGGCCUCAGUGUCAAAUGAGAAGAUUUCUACUUUUGACACUUCCUGCCCUGAGACCAUCCUGAGCUCCUCUGAAGCUGCUGUGCAGGCCGUCCUCGAGGGCUUGAAGAACAAUGAGUUUUCAAAAGCAAUUCUCUAUAUUCGUGAGUGCAGAACAACAUGGCCUAAUGACAUCUUUGGCAGCCACUCUGAGGAUGAGAUCCAAACAUUAUUGAACAUCUACUUCAGACACCAAACUUUGGGUCAGACGGGAACAUUUGCUCUGGUUGGCUCAAAGCAGGAUCUGACAGAAAUUUCUCUGAAGCUGAUGGAACUCAACUGUGAGACUCGGGACAUGAUCCGACGGGCCCAGGGCUACAAAACCGUUACAGCUUUUCUCCCAGACUCCAGGGUUUCAGGCUCCACUCUCUGAUGGCGGCUUGGUGGCGCUCCAAACCUUACUACUUUGCUUGAGGCAGCUGCUGUUGUAUCAGAUUUUCACUAGAACUUAGCUCUUUCGCUUAGAAUGACCCAAACUUUUGAUCCUUCUCUGUCAGAAUUUUUUGAAGUCAGAUCAUUAGACAUACAGCAAUAUUUUUCAGUUAUUCAAUUAGCAGUUGUAUCAAAAUUAUCCUUUUCUUGCACAAAUAAAAGAAUGUCACUAGGCAUAUAUA